AUGAACUUUGGUGGAAUGCUGUCUCAAAAAUUCCGAUUCAUCGAAUCUGCCUCCUCAGCCCCACUCACCACACAACCUUUUCCACCCUCAACGAAAACACAAAGAGCGGGUAUCAGCACCAGCAGAGCGCGCUGCAUAGAUACACAGAUGGGCAGUGUCGGCCGAGCCAAAAGGGCGCGAAUAUGGUCCUCUGUAUUUGCCAUCGAGCUCUUCACGAUUCAGAUGCAUGAGAAUUUCGGGAGCAGGAGCACAUCAGCAGCAGAUCAGAUGCAAGGUCGUGAUGGAAAUGGAGUAUACCGCGGUUCAUCAUUGAUCUGA